CGUAAUUUUGAUGACAUUUCAAGUGACGCGUCGUCUCUAUGAAAAUGGACUGUUAUUUAAGUCAAAUCUGCAAACAUUUAAUAUUAUAUCAUAUUUUGGUGCCUAUCUAUACUAUCCAAUGGUUACACUGGCCAUACUAUGUGAAGUACCGGCACUGUUAUCUGGUUCAAUCAACUAUAAUAUGAAAUUAGCAAACUUUUUGACAUUCAAUCAUAUAGUUGGCUGUCUAUUGUUUGCCACAUUUUGGUGGUUAGAGUUUAGUAGUCAUCUAAUACUUGUUAAUCUGAGAAAAGGUCGUUCCGGUGGACAUUAUAUACCGAGAGGACAGUUGUUUGAGUACGUGUCGUCACCUCAUUAUUUUGCCGAAAUCAUCGUCUAUUUGGCUAUCAUUGUUGUAUUGGGCGGUCAGUCAGUGAGCUGGUGGUUAUUGACUUUAUUUGUUUGGGUUUAUAUGUCAUUUCUAGCACUACACAAACAUCAGUGGUAUUUAGCUAAAUUCAAAACCUACCCGUCCCAGCGAAAAGCUAUCAUCCCAUUUUUACUUUAA